CGUUUUCCCGUCAUUCCGGCGUUCGGCGUGCGAUCGUGCGUGCGCCAUCGUUUUACCGUUAUUUAUAUUAUUUUAUUCGUUGAUAGUAUUGUGUAUUUUCGUGAUAAUAAAAAAAAAAAAAAUAAUAAUAAUAAUAACAUGAGAAACGCGACGGCCUCCGUCGUCGGUCGCCGUUGACCGCCGCGACCCGAUGGACGACGCUAGUGCGAAAAUAGAUACGAAAACCGCGUACUUACGGUUUCCCCGUUUACAGUAAUUUUAUUAUUGUUUUGUCACAGUACGUCUCUACAUCAGUUUACCACUGCGCCUACCACCCGUUCCUGGACCCGCUGUAUGGAAACCGGACCACCGAUCGUCCAACAUGGCUCGAGAACCCGUGCUGGUGCACGUCUACGAUAUGUAUUGGAUCAAUGAAUACACUACACCUAUGGGUCUUGGUGUAUUCCAUUCUGGCAUUGAAGUGUAUGGACAAGAAUAUGGAUAUGGAGGUCAUGAUAGACCAGAUUCCGGAAUUUUCGACAUGAUUCCAAAAGAUGUAUAUGAAUUAGGAGAUCAUUAUAGAUACAGAGAAUCCAUAUAUGUUGGAAGUACAGAUUUUACGGUCAGUGAUGUUAAAAGAAUAAUGGUUGAACUUGGUAAAGAUUUUCGAGGUGAUAGAUAUCAUUUAAUGAAUAAAAACUGUAAUCAUUUUUCUGGAUCAUUAACAAAGAUUUUAUGUGGACAAGAUAUACCAAGUUGGAUAAACAGGCUGGCAUAUGUUAGUUCAUGCAUUCCUUUUUUCCAACGUUGUCUACCAAAGGAAUGGUUAACUCCAAUUUCUCUUCAACGCAAUUUGUCUCGAAAGAAAUCGGAUGCUUCUACAGAGCAACUCAAUCCAUAACAUAAUUAAUUUUUCAUCAUACUAAUUAUAAAUUAUUAUAAUAUUAUGAUGUGUGCCAUUCACAUUAAAUGCCUAUUAAUAUACAAAUAUUAAAUUAAACAUGUACAUGAACAGUUAAUGGUAUUAUUUCUAUGUAUAAAAUAAAAUAAAGUUGUAGAUUUUAAAUUAAAAUAUGCUUUGAAUUA